UGUAUUUCAUAGUGUCGUGACAGGUUGUCGUUCUUAUUGCAAUGCAGAAUGUAUGACAACAAAGAUUGAAUAAGUUAUCCUUCAAGACAGCAGUCGACCUCGCCCACUGGCUGAGCGACAGGUGGGUUGUGUGAGAGUGCUUUACAAUGUGGACAGAAAAGCAAAGAGGAAUCAGAGUCUCUCAGGAAGAACUCCUCUGCAAGAACGCCUGUGGGUUCUAUGGAAACCCAACGUGGCAAGGCUUCUGCUCAAAAUGCUGGAAAGAGAGAUCUCAUUCAGUUGGAGCCCCGGGACAAGACGCGAGGCCAAAUACUGAUGGACUUCCUACAUUCUCUAAAUUUGAGGAGAAGAAAAACAUUGAGAAAGGUCGCAGAAUUAACACUGUGAGAAGACUUUUCUGGGGCAGUUCAUCACCUCCAAAACCUCAAGAGACCUCUGAAAGCCAUAUUAACAUGUUAAAAGCGUACCAGAGCCUUGAGCCCGGUGACUUCCCUGGUUUCCUAAAGAUACUGCGGAGCCCGUCUUCGCAGCGUCUGCAGUCCCGCUGUACAGCUUUCUUAAAUACAAUGGAAGCAUACCAUGAUCUACCAGUACAAAAACAGUCGGAUCUUGUUCAGGAUUUCUAUCAGUCUUUUGCUGAAUAUUUCAGAAGUUUUCCUGAAGCUCAGGUGACUCAGAUAAUGGAGCACAUAGAGAAGCUCAUAAUGACGAGGCUGCACAAGUGGGUUUUCUGCCAUGACAGCUGUGAUGAUGAACAGAAGGACCUGGUGCUACAGAGACGGAUACGGUCCUUAAACUGGGUCACACCACAGAUGCUGGGUGUCCCAUUUCCAGAUGAAAAGACCCCAGUUACAGGCGACCCUUUUCUGCCUGCUAUAACAGCUAUCAUUGAAAUGGAUGCCAAAAGAGCACCUCAGGACAAACUCGCAUGUGUUUCCAAAUGCAGUCACCACGUCUUCGAAGCACUCUCCAUCUCUAACAGUGAGCCUGCUAAUGCCGAUGACUUCCUGUCAGGGUUGGUUUAUGUGGUGCUGAAAGCCAAUCCGCCUCGCCUGCACUCCAACAUGCAAUACAUGAUUCGCUUUGGGCUCCCUCACAGCCUGAUGGCAGGAGAGAGUGGCUACUACUUCACAAACCUGUCCUGUGCAGUGGCUUUCAUUGAAAAGCUGAAUGGAGCAGCUCUCAAUCUCAGUCCAGAAGAGUUUGAGGGCUACAUGCUGGGUCAGCGUGCUCCAGCUGCUUUAACCAAGAGGCAGCAGGUUGCUCGUGAAACACAGCACCUAUUGGAAGAGCUGCAAGGCAGACAAGAAAAGCUGCACCAAGGAGUGGAUGAUCUCAGUGUGCAACUACAAAAAUGGGUCCAUGUUGUUCAUUCACAACUGGAUGAGGCAACAACCCAGUUCUCAAAGGUACAACAGGAGAUGUCUGCGCAGGCGGAAGUGUCACGGGAGGUUUCAUCAUCUGCUCUAAGCGCAUCCCAGCAGAAGGAUGUUAAAGAUGAGUCAAUGCUGGUACUAAAUGAUCCAAACGUGGGUCCAGAAGAUACAGACUGUUAGCUUUUAACAACCUCUUAAUGUGGUACUGAAUCAUCAGAACCAACAUGUAGUCAGCGAAGCAAAUGAUUUAAAUUCUAAUCACUUUGAACACACGUACCAAGAGGGAGGGGUGUAGAAAGACGCUUGCAGAUGAAGGAAAACUUGCUGAAGGAAACUGUGCUAUGUAUUGUACAAGGUAAUUGGUUUUUAAAAACGUAACUUCGUAUAGUAACUUGUGAACAAAAAAUUAUUCUUUUGUAUUUCAGGAUGAUAACCUUUAAAAACUUAUACUGAUUUAGUAACAAGUAUAUUGGAAAGUAACAUUAAGCACUUGGGGAACAUUGGACUUUGGGCUAUCACUUGAUGCUGAAGGGGUGCUAAUAACCAAUAAUGGUGUGUAUCAACUAUGGUCACUACAGUGAAAUGAGAGGGGGGAAAAAAACAUAGGAAAAUGUGAAAUGACAGAUGUUGACCACUACAAGUGAAGGAUUGUAUUUAUGUCAGGGUUGUGUCACUUAUAAAAAUGUCGGUUGCCUGCACUGUUUGGUACAACACAUUUUCAUCUGUGAUAAUACUCAAAGGAUUCUUUGUUUGGUAACUGAUGAAGUUCAAGAAAAAAUAUCUUUUGAUACAUUAUUGUAUCUACUAAUAUAUUAAAGAUGAUUUAUGAGAUGAUUUGUUUUAUGACUUGUUGAGAAGACAAUACAUCACGACUUAAUUCUAUAAACCUCAUGCU